AUGAUUUCGAGGUCGUACACAAAUUUGUUAGACUUGGCGUCAGGGAAUUUCCCUGUCAUGGGAAGAGAGCAUAGGCGGCUUCCUAGGGUAAUGACAGUUCCUGGUAACGUGUCGGAGUUUGAUGAAGAUCAAGCAUAUAGUGUCUCUUCCGAUAAUCCCUCCUCGGUGUCCUGUGAUCGGAUGAUCAUUGUUGCUAAUCGGCUUCCGUUGAAGGCGGAGAGACGAAAUGGAAGCUGGAGUUUCAGUUGGGACCAAGAUGCAUUGUAUUUGCAGCUCAAGGACGGGUUGCCAGAGGAUAUGGAGGUACUAUAUGUUGGAUCUUUGAGCGUUGAUGUUGACUCGCAUGAACAAGACGACGUGGCGCAGGUACUGUUGGACAAAUUCAAAUGUGUCCCGACUUUCUUCCCACCUGAUUUGCAAUCGAAGUUCUAUGACGGUUUUUGCAAGAGGCAGCUAUGGCCACUCUUUCACUACAUGCUUCCGUUUUCUGCUGAUCAUGGUGGAAGAUUUGAUAGGUCUCUCUGGGAGGCUUAUGUCGCGACAAAUAAGCUCUUCUUCCAGAAAGUCAUCGAGAUUAUAAACCCGGAUGAUGAUUAUGUCUGGAUCCAUGACUACCAUUUGAUGGUCUUACCAACGUUUCUGAGAAGACGGUUCAACCGGAUUAGGAUGGGCUUUUUCCUCCACAGCCCAUUCCCCUCAUCCGAGAUUUACAGGUCUCUCCCUGUUCGUGAAGAGAUCCUUAAGGCGUUGCUAAACAGCGACCUUAUUGGCUUCCACACAUUCGACUAUGCCCGUCACUUCCUUACUUGCUGCAGUCGGAUGUUGGGUCUGGAGUAUCAGUCUAAGAGAGGCUACAUCGGCCUGGAGUAUUACGGGAGGACUGUGGGAAUCAAGAUCAUGCCUGUGGGGAUCAACAUGGGUCGGAUUCAAUCGGUGAUGAGGUAUUCAGAGGAGGAGGGUAAGGUGAUGGAGCUCAGAAAGCGUUACGAAGGUAAGACGGUGUUGCUUGGCAUUGAUGACAUGGAUAUUUUCAAGGGUAUAAACCUGAAGCUUCUAGCAAUGGAACAAAUGCUUAAGCAGCACCCAAAUUGGAGGGGAAGGGCUGUCCUGGUUCAGAUUGUGAAUCCUGCUAGGGGUAAAGGUAUUGACAUUGAUGAGAUACGUGGCGAGAUCCAAGAAAGCUGCAGGAGGAUCAAUGAAGAGUUUGGGAAACCUGGAUAUCAACCCGUCGUAUAUAUCGAUACUCCGCUGUCGAUAUAUGAAAUCAAUGCUUAUUACCAUAUCGCUGAGUGUGUAGUCGUUACAGCUGUUAGAGAUGGUAUGAACCUUACUCCCUAUGAAUAUAUCGUAUGUAGACAGGGUCUGCUGGGGUCUGAAUCAGAUUUUAGUGGCCCAAAGAAGAGCAUGUUGGUUGCAUCGGAGUUUAUUGGAUGUUCUCCUUCGCUUAGUGGGGCUAUCCGGGUAAACCCAUGGAACGUUGAAGCGACUGGAGAAGCGCUAAAUGAGGCCCUCUCGAUGGGUGAUCCUGAGAAACAGCUGCGACAUGAGAAACAUUUCCGUUAUGUCAGUACUCACGAUGUUGCUUUUUGGUCGAGAAGUUUCUUGCAAGACCUAGAGAGGAUAUGUGUGGACCAUUUCAAGAAAAGGUGUUGGGGGAUGGGGAUUAGUUUUGGUUUUAGAGUUGUGGCACUCGAUCCUAACUUUAGAAAGCUUUCAAUACCGAUCAUUGUGUCGGAAUACAAAAGGGCAAAAAGCAGAGCUAUACUGUUGGAUUAUGAUGGCACUCUGAUGCCUCAAAACUCCAUCAACAAAGCUCCGAGCCAGGAAGUUCUUAACUUCUUAGACGCACUUUGUGAGGACAAGAAGAAUUCAAUUUUCAUUGUCAGCGGAAGAGGAAGGGAAAGCUUAGGCAAGUGGUUUUCUCCGUGCAAAAACAUUGGAAUUGCAGCCGAGCAUGGAUACUUCCUAAAGUAA